CUAUGAUGGUGUUCCUGGAGGAGUCCAGAAUGAUUCUUGCGGACAUGCGUCUUCAUGCUACUAGCACACCGACCACUACCCCCACACAUUAUCAUCAUCGGAAGUAUAGAGCGCAGAAUAACAACAAUUAUGCAGAUUUACACGGCGAUGUUGACGGCCCAGAACUCAGCGGCGAUGACAGGAGUAUCGCGAGUGACAUCCAUGAUGCCACUGAAGCGCACUUUGAUAAUGACUCUAUGGACUCGGACAAGGAAGCUCUCAACUUGGUCACGGAUGUCUCGCAACGGAAUAGUAGUAGCGGUACCAGCGGCAGCGUGUCUCCGCCGAGCUCCGUAGUCAGCAACCAGCUUACGGGCAACCAUCAACAGCAACAACAACACGCAUCCAGCCAGCAGAACAACAGUAAUUCGCAGGCAACGUUGGCCGCUCAAUUAGUCGGCCAACAAUUACUUAUGCACGGCUCUCUCGGGACAUUGAGAUCGUCACAAGAGAUCCAAGCGUUCGCCUCGACGCUGCAACAGCAACAGUCGUUGCUGCAGCAACUCGCCAUGUUUCAAGCCAAUCCGGCGGCGGGGCAGCUUCCGGCACAGGCGCAGUUCUUUCUGCAAAAUCAGGGGCUGUUGCAGAGCGGUGGCUAUCCAACAAGACCGAGUCAUCCGCGCUCACAGUCCAUGCAGGUGCAGCAAGCGGUAGCUCAGGCAGCCCAGCAGUUACAGGCUCUGCAGAAACAGCAGGCUCUUCAAAACAGUGGCAGUUUAGUCGGACGAAGUUUGGCGCAAAGAUCACCACCACCGCCGAGCACCCCGCCAGCAGUAAAACCGGUAAAGUUAGAACCCUCUCCGGAGGAGACAACGGAUCUCGAGGAACUAGAACAGUUCGCUAAAACGUUCAAACAGAGGCGGAUCAAGCUUGGUUUCACCCAAGGAGACGUGGGACUCGCAAUGGGCAAACUCUACGGCAACGACUUUUCGCAAACUACCAUCUCCAGGUUCGAAGCGUUAAAUCUUUCUUUCAAAAAUAUGUGCAAAUUGAAACCACUACUACAAAAAUGGCUGGAGGAUGCCGAUAAUUCCUUGAACAAUCCCAAUUCCCUAUCGAAUCCACUUACGACACCGGAAGCGAUCGGCAGACGGCGGAAGAAAAGGACGUCGAUAGAGACUAGCGUGAGAGUGGCUCUAGAAAAGGCCUUUAUCCAAAACCCGAAGCCCACCUCUGAGGAGAUAACUAUACUAGCGGAUAGCCUCGCGAUGGAGAAAGAAGUUGUUCGCGUGUGGUUUUGUAACAGAAGGCAAAAAGAAAAGAGGAUCAACCCGCCAACGGCAGCGAUGGGCAGCCCAACGAUGACAUCGCCUGCGCCCUCGGUGUUCGCCUCUAUUGCCAGUUCCAUGUCCGGCAGUCCUUUGGCUCUUACGACGCACUCUUCCGGCAUGGGCCAUUCGCAUCCUCACCCGACAUCCUUGCCUUUGGCUUUGGUUGCUUCGGCAGGCGGUAAUUACCAUCCGCUAAACAGCAAGUCUCAUGAGUGACACCAGCAAGCGACCCAUCAAGGGGACGCUCUAUAUCAUCAGCAUCAUCAUCAACAACACCCGCAGCAGCAGCAGCAGCAUCAUCACCAUCAGCAACAACAACGACGCUUGUGCAAUCUACCGGAAUUCUAUCAUUAGCCGAUAAUCUGAUUUUUUUAAACUAAUAAGAGAAAUAAUACUUUCGAAAGAUUGAAUAAUUUAAAUUGAAAUUUAAACUACAGUUAGACUUUCUUAUU